AUGCCGCUAUGUCUCACCUUCAUCGAUUUGAUGAAGGCCCUCGAGACAGUUGCGACGAAGGCGGUCACGGAAGUCUUGGACAGCCAAAGGGUCCCUACUCAGUAUAUAAAGAGGAGGGUCCGGCAGGGUGAUGCAAUCUCGCCUGAAAUAUUCACAGCUACCCUCAAGAACGCAAUGCGAAAGUUGGAAUGGGACGACAUGGGAGUGAAGAUUGAUGGUCGGCAGCUACACCAUUUGCGCUUUGAUGAUGACAUCGUACUGAUAACACCUAGCAUCAGCCAAGCGGAACGAAUGCUGACCGAAUUCGACCUAUGCUUCGGAGACCUGCGCAUUUCCCAAGUAGGAGGAAAAUGCGAUCAGCGUCAUAGAACGCGAAAUUGA